UAAGAAUGACAAAAUGUACAAGUACAACACGAUUGGGAAAUCAAAGAAAAAAUCAUUAAUACUCGGUCUCUUUUUGUUUUUUUAAUUUUUAUAAUUUUUUAAGUAGGUAAGAUGAAUUGUCUUAUCAGACUGGAACCUCUCACAAGUCAACCUGAUUAAGAUUACUCUCUCCCCAUUUGUAUGCCUCCUUAAAAUAUACGACUAAAGAGUUGACGAGAGCACUAAUCCGUAUGAACGAGCCGUUAAUCUUGAUUCGUGAGACUAAACCGGUGCACCCCCUCGAGGCCGAGUAUCUCCUAAAACAAUAACCCCCCUACCACCCUCCUCAACCCUAUUUCACUUCAUAUCAUUUCCUUUCCCUUAAACCCUUGAGUCCUUGACAAACCAUAGUCAUGAACUCUCUCCGGCAACACUUCUCCGCCCACAACGCCGCCUUCCUCCGCCGCACUCUCUCCUCCACCUCCGCCGCAUCUUCCGCUCCCUCUCUCUCUCCUCCACCACAACCACCAUCAUCAACCUACACCCUCCCAACCUCCUACAAAGUAACCCCACCAAUCAAACCAUGGCCUAAACACCUCUCCCACAAACGCCUCAUCUCCAUUCUCACCCGCCAACAAAACCUCGAUCUUGCCCUUCAAAUCUUCCACUUCGCCGGAAAAUUCCACCCCAAUUUCUCCCACAACUACGACACUUACUUGACCAUCAUCACCCGCCUCGCUCGUGCCCGCCAAUUCCGUCAUUGCGAAACCCUUUUGACCGAAUUGCAGAACUCCCCCCUUAAAUGCGGCGAAAUUGUGUUCGUUACUGUUAUUCGGAACUACGGGUUCGCGGGUCGUCCUAAGGAUGCUGUUCGGACUUUUCUGAGGAUACCCGAUUUCGGGGUUAAUAGGUCAGUUCGUAGUUUGAAUUGUUUGUUGAAUGUAUUGGUACAGAAUAAGAAAUUUGAUUGGGUUUAUUUGAUGUUUAAGAGUUGUAAGUCUAAAUUUGAUGUUAUUCCCAAUAUUUUUACUUGUAAUAUUCUUGUUAAGGCGCUUUGUAAGAAGGGUGAUGUUGAGGGUGCUGUUAAGUUGUUGGAUGAUAUGCCGGGUAUGGGUAUGAUGCCGAAUGUGGUUACUUAUACUACCCUUUUGAGUGGUUAUGUUGGAAAGAGGGAUUUGGUGGGUGCUAAGAAGGUUUUUCAGAUGAUUUUGGAUAGAGGGUGGGUGCCUGAUGUUACGACUUAUACGGUUUUGAUGGAUGGGUAUUGUAGGGAUGGGAGGUUGAGGGACGCGGUUAAGGUUAUGGAUGAUAUGGAGGAGAAUGGGGUUGCGCCGAAUGAGAUUACUUAUGGGGUUUUGAUUGAGGCGUAUUGUAAGGAGAAGAAAUGUGGGGAGGCGUUGAAUUUGCUUGGUGAUAUGUUGGAGAGGAGGUAUGUGCCAAGUUCGGCGUUGUGUUGUAAGGUGAUUGAUGUUUUGUGUGUGGAAGGGAAGGUGGAUGAUGCGUGUGCCCUGUGGAGGAAGCUUUUGAAGAAGAAUGUCACUCCUGAUAAUGUUAUAUCGAGUGCGCUUAUUCAUUGGCUGUGUAAGGAGGGGAAGAUUCAGGAGGCAAAGAAGUUGUUCAAUGAGUUUGAAAGGAGUUCGGUUCCUAGUGUGUUGACUUAUAAUAUGCUGAUUUCAGGGUUGUGUGAGGCAGGGGAGUUGUGUGAUGCUGGAAGGUUGUGGGAUGAUAUGCUGGAAAAGGGGUGUACUCCGAAUUCAUUUACUUACAAUAUGUUGAUUAAAGGGUUUUGUAAAAUUGGAAAUCCUAAAGAGGGGUUGAGAGUUUUGGAUGAGAUGUUUGAUAAAGGAUGUUUGCCUAAUGAAUCAACCUAUAGAAUAUUAAUUGAGGAGCUCUCUGGUUCAAAUUUGGACACUGAAAUAAUGAAGUUGUUAUCCAGUGUUUCUAAAAGGGGAGGGAAAAUUGAUGCUAGUUCGUGGGAAGUCAUUCUCACCAAUGCUCUCGCUAAUGUGGACACUGGGAAAGUUCUUGAUAGUGUUUUACCACAGGAUUCUUUGCCAUGAUUUUUCAUGCUGAAUCUCUCUGUCACAUAUACAUGUCUGUAGCCACUGUGUAUCAAAACUGAGUCUUUGAAGGGUAAAGAACACUCCUUACCUGCUAGCUCGUGCCUUUUGAAGAAAUAUCAGUGCCAAAUGCUACUAGUGGCUUGGUUAUUGAAUAUAUCUAUCUUAUGUAAUACAGAAUCAGGGUAAUAUAUCUUGUUUGGAUCUUUGCUGGGUUGCUCAAUUAUAUGUGAAGGCUUUCAUGGGUGAUAAUUAAUGUGGAUCAUGCCAUCUAUUUCUGUUAACAUUCUUUAAUCUUAACAAAAAAAAAUAUGCAUUGGAUUUCUACUCAAAGCCUUGAUGGGCUUUCUAAACUGGGUGAUUAUUUCAGACGUGGGCCUGAAUAUUGCAUUUCGUUGUUACAUAAGGAUAAGAGUCUUGGUUUGUUCUGGUGAUAUCUUUUUAGAACAUUGUGUCAUUGGAAUACAAUCAAUACAUACAUUACUGCAGAUAGCCUUGAUUUUCCUAAUUGUCAUCAAGGUUUACAUUGACUUCAUUGGGUUAGUAGUUAGUUGAGCUCUAUGUGGUUUCUUUACUCAGAAUUACAUAUUAUUUACUGCAUACAUUGAAAGUUGGUUUUUAGUCUGGCUAAGGAUGUGGUAGUGGGAAGUUAUACAUGAAAUGGUGGGAGGAAGUCAUUAAACUAUAGUUCAUCCAUCAUCAUUGUUGUGGUCGUUUCAGCAUGCUUAAUAGGGACCUAUAUCACAAUUUCAUUCUUAGCUCUGCAAGGAUUUCAGUAUGUCUGAAUGGUUUGACAAAGGGUGUCAAACUGAAGAGUGUAAAAUUGAUUCCAAGAAAUUGCAGGAUAACUCAGGUGAUUUGCCUGAGGAUGGCCUUAAUGGUAAUGUAGACCAGGCAAGUGGGAAGAUGUGAGUGCCUCAAAAUCAUAGAAAUCGGAAGACAUUUCAGGAGUUUGAGGAAGCUGGUGAACUGGAUAAAGAGGAGAAGAUACAGAAUGCCAACUCUGAUGAUUAUCAGAGGAUUUCUUUCGCUUAGAUAAAAGUUGAGUCCAGAAAGGAUGAAGUUACCAAACAUAUAGAAGAAAAUUCAAUGUUAAGCACUGAAGAAUUUGAAGCAACUGAUCCGAUGAAGAUGUUGAAACUAUUGAAAUGCAAAACAGAUUAUGAUGGAGAGAUACUAGGUAUGGAGGAUUCUGAUGGCACAAAGGAGAAAUAGAUGAAAUGAAGGGUGAAAGCAACAAUCAAAGGCUGGUGUAAACUAGUGUUUGUCCAGAUGAAAGUAAAGAAGCUAGGAAAAGAACAACAGAAAUACGGUUUCAUGACCAACUCAACCAAGCAGAGUUACUGAAUAAAUUUUCCACACAAAUCGAGGCUUGGUCGACUCUAGCAGGAGUGUCAGAGGAACUGAAAGUUUCCGAGUACUCGUUGAUCUAGGAAUAAAAGGGAUACAGAUGGAAACUCUGUAAGGUCACUGCUAGUCUGGAGUAUAUUCCUUGCCUUUACAACCUUCAAGCAAUCAGAAAAUUUCCCGGAACAAGUCAAUGUGUGCACUGAGAGAGUCAUUGCCCUCAAGCUCUUGUCUGUCUUGUUCAUCUGUCCAAGGGGUAUAAAAAUGUAGUGAAAUGGUCUAAAAGCAUAGGGUAUGCCAAUGUGCUUUGUGCAGAUAUGGUUUGCCAAUUUAUCCCAUACUAAGCUUGUUGAACUCGAAGGAUAUCAAAAAUGGAGCGCUCCUGAUUUUGCUAUUUUUUUGAAAGAGAAGCAUUCACUAUGUCACUUGCUUCUAAGGAUAAGCAUGAAGCACAGGUUCGAUUUGCUUUUUAAAGAGGUAUACGUAUACCUGCUGUAUUUUGCUGAAAGAGAAGUACUCACUAGGGUCCCUUGGAAUGUUGAAGGUAUAUACAAAGUACAAACUGCCUACAGAUCCAUGAAUCCAUCAGAUAUGGGUAUCAGCUUGCAGUUUAGUGGCCAUCAAAGCUUGAAAACCCUCCUUACUGCUCAAAGGACUAUUUCUGGGAUUAAAUGAAAUCAUGGUAAAGCUGAUCCUAAAGAUUUCAUCAAUGACUGCAAUCACUGGAAACAUGUGCCAAAUCUAACUACCAGAAAUAAGUGUAGCCAAAUCUUAUUUUGAUGGACGUGAGAGCUAUAUUGGAGGCCUGGAGGGUGAGCUUUUAUUCACUUUUUUAGAUCAGUGAAAUGUAUAGGAUUGGCUGGUGCCAUAACUCGUGGAUUAUCAUGGCUAGUUUUCUAUAUGAUGCUUAAUAGCAGUCUCUCCUUUCUGCUGGCCAACCCAAUGUAAAGGAUUACAAAUGGGGCUAUGACUAUUGGUUAGAGAUAGACCUUAGAUAAAGCAGGUGGGACUAGAGAGGAGUCAGUUGUGGUCGUAAUUUCAGAAUAGUAGGAACUACUAGACCAUAGAGUAUUGAAUUAAUAUAGGAAGUAUACUUCAAUUUUUUUAUUUUAUUUUUUUCUUUUUUUUUAUGUGUGGGUGUUUGUCAACCUGGGCACCGUGCCGUG